AUGAGAAGGCUUUUUGCAUUACCACUUCGACUAGGCGGCCUUGGAAUUGUAGAUCCACGUUCGUUGACUUGUGAGCUGGAAUACUCAAAGUUAAUUUGUGCGCCACUGGUCAACCGAAUUGUGCAACAAGAAACAAACCUGGAUAACGUUCCUACCAAGCAGAAUUCUAUGAAAGCUAGCAUUCGCCAGCAAAAACAUCUAGCACAAAAGUCUCAUUCUGAAAUCACUGUCAAUGAUCUAUCUGUGGAAUUGAAACGUUCAGUUGAAUUGGCCUGUGAGAAGGGUGCCUCCUGCUGGCUGACCGCAAUCCCACUAGAGCAACACGGAUUCACUUUGCACAAAUCUGCGUUUCGGGAUGCCCUGUGCCUCAGAUACGGUUGGCACCCGUCCAACCUCCCAGACAUAUGUCCAUGUGGAUCUAAAUUCUCAGUAGAUCACUCUCUGUCAUGUCCAACAGGAGGAUACCCCAGCAUCCGCCAUAACGAGGUCCGCGAUUUAUUUACCAACUUGUUGACAGAGGUUUGCCACGAUGUACACAAAGAGCCCGUUCUGCAACCUCUCAACGGCGAGGUGUUUCAAAAACGCUGUACUACCUCUGACGAAAAUGCCAGACUUGAUAUUGCUGUCAGUGGAUUUUGGGGUGGGCACUUCCAACGAACUUUCUUUGACGUCAGGGUCUUCAACCCUAAUGCCUCAUCCUACAAAUCAGUGCAGAUCCCGUCAUUAUAUAAACGGCAGGAACAAGAGAAGAAAAGGCGAUACGAGGAACGAAUUAAUAACGUGGAGCUUUCAUCGUUCACGCCAAUCAUUUUAGCAUGCACUGGAGGAUGCAGUAAACUGACGUCUAUUUUUUUGAAAAGACUAGCCUCACUUUUAUCGGAAAAGCACCACACCGAGUACAGCACAACUAUCAACUGGCUGAGAUGUCGACUGUCAUUUGCACUCCUUCGGGCCUGCGUGAUGUGUUUGCGAGGAUGCAGGUCCAAGCUUCACAGAACCUCAAGGGACUUCAACAUUCUGCUGGAAGCAGCAGAAAGUAGAUUAUAGAAGACUGUUUAUCUCAAAGUUGUUACAACCUAGAAACUUGUUGCUAUAGAGGAAGCUUUUACAUACAGUAGUAGUAUUUUGAAAAAAGUAGUAGAGAUUUUAUUAUUAUUAUUAGUAGUAGUAGUAGUAGUAGUUUAUUCAAGUAGUAGUAGUAGUAGUGUGUUAGCAGAUGCCGUUUGAUUGUUCAAAUACACCAGUUCUCAGUAGUAGU